AUGACAACACGUCUGAUAGUCAAAGGCUUGCCAUCGAAUUGUACCGAGGCAAGCCUGCGAAAGUUCUUCAAAAAGUAUGGCACAAUGAGUGAUUGUACGCUGAAAUACACAAAGGAAGGGAAAUUUCGAAAAUUCGCUUUCGUUGGAUUCGACAGUGAGGAGAAUGCCAGUAAAGCGCUGCAGGAAACAAACCUCUCUUUUAUGGGAUCUUCACGUCUUCAUGUAGAAGAAUGCAAGCCGUUUGGAGACGCUAAUAAACCACGUGCUUGGAGUCAGUACACUAAAGAUAGCAGUGCCUACAAACGAAAACACGAAGUUAUUUCGCCUGAUUCUCAAAAAGAACAAAAGAAAGCAAAGUCUGAUGAUGAAACAGUGGAGAAGAAGAAGAAAGUCGAUCCGGAUUAUCGUAACUUUUUGGAAGCACAAGGAAUCAAGGAUGAA